AUGGCUAGAACAAAACAAUCUGCCAGGAAAACAACAGGAGGAAAGGCACCUCGCAAGCAGCUGUCUGCAAAGUCGGCCCGCAAGGGUGUGUCCCCAGCCUCGAGUGCCGGAGCCAAAAAAUCAAGGUACAGACCUGGAUCUGUUGCUCUGAAAGAGAUCAGAAGAUACCAGAAGAGCACAGACUUCCUGAUCCGAAGACUCCCGUUCCAGAGGGCAUGCCGUUCGGUGGUGAAGGAAUGUAGUAAUGCCACGGAUAUAAGGUUCCAGGGGCCAGCCCUUGCUUCAAUUCAGGAGGCCUUGGAGGUUUACCUUGUGGGUUUGUUUGAGGAUGCCAUGCUUUGUGCAUAUCAUGCAAAGAGAGUCACUGUAUUUCCAAAGGACAUCAGCCUUGUUCUGAAGCUCAGGAGCAGACACGUCAAAUCCAUCAGUGAUUAA